UUUGUUCUAGAAAAGCGUUCCAGCGCUUAUAGUUGAUCCAUGGAAGCAAUACACAUACGUGUACCUUUACUCUUUUGCGAACUUAUUGAUGAAGUUUAUUUUUGAAUACCGGCGAUAAGAUUCCUAGGCAACUGCUAUAGAUAAAAGCCGCAAGUACAAAAUUACAUAUGCAGCGAAAAGAUCGAUUGUGUGUGUAUUUGACGUUGCCCUUCCUGUUUAACAAAAAAUUUUAAUUGUUUUUUCCAAACGUUUGUUUCAGAUACACCUGACAGUUGGUCGCAAUGACGAAUACCGUCCAUGAAAUGAGGAUCCGUUUUUGGAGCACACACAACGGUUCCAAGCAGUGUGACUAGAUAUCUUAUCAAUGCCGGCUAACUACCCUUACUGAUAAGAGAGCACCACAGCUUUUAAGGCGCAACCGAUGCGCUAGUAGAGACCAGUCGUUGAAGUCAGCCCCAACACAGCGGAGCCAGCGAGUAUAGUAUAUAGCACCACGUUCCAGACCUAAAUCAACACAUAAAACCCACACAAACACAACAUGGGAGACUACACGUGGAUUAGCAGCAACGUUUACGGAUCCCUGCCCCCAGGAGCUGUCAUUGGCGGCCACGACUCCGACCAGGACACCAUCUAUGUGGGCCGCGCCUACCACAAUGGAGAGAUGCUGCCGGCGAAGGUGGUGCCCGGCAAGCAGCAGGCCUAUGUUCCAUGGGGCGGCCAGGAGAUUAGCAAGCACGACUUCGAGGUCCUUGUCGGUGAUCACUUCUCCUGGAUCCCGUCCAGCGGUGGAUCUGUACCGCCGCACGCCAUCCAAGUGGGCCAGACUGGCGAGGGUGAGCCCCUCUACGUGGGCCGUGGUUACUUCCAGGGCAGCCUCACCCCCGGCAAGAUCCAUCCCUCGCACCAGUGCUUGUACAUCCCCUACGGCGGACACGAGCACCGUCUGGAGGCCUAUGAAGUGCUAGUCCAGCCGGAAACAUGGGUAGCCUCUAGCGGAUGCGGCAUUGUUCCCGGAACCGUGGUUGGCGGACACGACGCCGAUGGCGAUCAGAUCUAUGUGGGUCGCGCCUACCACGAAGGCGACUUGCUGCCAGCCAAGGUGAUCCCCAACAAGGGCUGUGCCUAUGUGCCCUACGGAGGCGGUGAGGUGGUCAAGCACGACUACGAACUGCUGGCCGGAUACGGAUACGGAUGGGUGCACGACAGCCAUGGCAAUGUGCCCGGCAAUGCCGUACUCUGCGGUCGCACUUCCGAUGGAGAGCCCCUGUUCAUCGGCCGUGCCCACCACCACGGCAGCCUCACUCCCGGCAAGAUUCACCAGUCCCAUCACUGCCUCUACAUACCUUUCGGCGGCGAGGAGGUCCGCAUCGACCACUAUGAGGUCCUGGUCAAGGGCUAAGCUGCUGCUGCUACUCGACAACUUUGUAGUCCUUCGAUUCCGCUGCCUGCUAAUUUAUAAAUCAUCUUGUAUCAUUAAAACGUCCCCCGCUAAAAUGGAAA